AUGAAAAACCACUUUGAAAGCAUCGACCAGGUCAACAACCUGCGCGAGAUCCAGGCCCUGCGGCGGCUGUCGCUGCAACCGCACGUCAUCAAACUCGAAGAGGUCUUGCACGACCAGCAGUCGGAUCGCCUUACGCUCGUGUUUGUCUGUCACUUGCCCGAACUUGACAACGGAUCCUAG